UCCACCCGCGACCAUUUCAAUUUCGAUUCAUCAAAGAAAACAAAAAACUCGAACACAAUUGCAAAAGGACACCAAUAAUUCUCCUCCAUCUUCCCAUCUUUCUCUAUCUAAUUUUCUUCAAACCUUCAUUUUUUUUGUUUCCUUUCCUGUAACAUUUUCUUUUUCUUCUUUUUCCUAAAAGCUUAGCCAUGGAAAAGAAUCAUCAGCCUGAAAAAUCUUUAAGUUUUAACAAAGGAGACGACGAUGACAAGAACUUCGACGCCGAUAAGACACUUGUCAUCGACGCCGAUAAGACAUUGCCUGUGACGGAGUCACCAAAGUGUUCUAAUGAAGAAAAGUCAGCUGCAGCUGAGAUAACCGAGGUAGAGAUGGAGAACCCAGAGGAAAUGGAGACUGGACAAACUGAAAUUGAAGAGCCUGAAGAGAAAGAAGAAGGAGGGGAACAAGGAGAACCUGCUCCUCCACCUGAAAUCGAAUAUACCCUGGAAACAGCAUCGGAUGAUGUUGAACAUUUCUUGUCAAAUCUCUCCACCCCAAAGGAGGAGGAGGUUGAGGCAGGAUUAGAGAUUCCAGAGUUUGUUGAGAAGUAUUUGGAUCUUGUUGAAAAGAAAAUAUUUGAGCAUGAAUUGCCUGAUACAAAAGUGAAGGGGAGUCAGCUUCCUGAGGAUGAUGCGUCUUUUUUUAAAGCUGUGGAGCAGAUAUCAAAGCUGUAUAAAAAUCUAUCCGCAGUCUUCAAAUUGGAUUCCAACCAGGGUCCGCUGAUCAACCGCAUUGGUAGGAUUCAACAGCGAGCUAUGUCUUAUUUGGAGGAUGAAUUCAGGUCUCUCCUGGAAGAGUACUCAAGAAUCGUGGAACCUGACCAGAAACAAGAGGUUGCAGAUCAACCUGAUCAAGAUCAAUCCGCUGAAUCAAAUGACGAAUCCAACUUUCCAGGGUAUUCUCAGGAAGUUUUGGCCAACUUGAAUAAAAUUGCUAAGGAGAUGAUCUCAGGAGGACAUGAAUCUGAAUGCUGUGAGGUUUACAUGAUUACUAGGAGCAAUGUAAAUGAGGAGACCUUGAACAAGCUAGGAUUCGAGAAGAUUAGUAUUGACGAGGUUCAGAAGAUGCAAUGGGAAGCAUUGGAAAGGGAGAUCCCUCCAUGGAUCAAGGCCUUCAAACAAUGUGCCAGUGUGUACUUCCCUGGCGAGCGCAAACUCGCUGAAACAAUCUUCUCCGAUUAUCCUUCCUUAUCUGACAGCCUCUUUAGUAACCUUAUACGUGGUGUGUUUAUUCAACUUCUCAAUUUCGCUGAAGCUGUUGCCAUUAGCAAGCGUUCCACGGAGAAACUCUUCAAAUUUCUUGACAUAUACGAGACUCUGCGUGAUAAUCUUUUGGCUAUUGAUAGUGUGUUUCCUGAAGAGUGCGCCAAAGAGCUCAGGGCAGAAACAACGACGGCUCGUUGUAGGAUUGGCGAGACUGCGAUUUGCAUUUUUUGUGAUCUUGAGAAUUCAAUCAAGUCUGAUACAGGGAAAACGCCAGUUCCUGGUGGGGCCGUUCACCCUUUGACUCGCUACACAAUGAAUUAUCUCAAGUAUGCAUGUGAUGAGUAUAAGGAUACGUUAGAGCAAGUUUUCAAGGAGCAUUCCAAGAUUGAAAGAGCUGAUUCAACAAGCAGGCCCCGGGAUUACGAAGGGGACUCACAAAACUACAACAAUGAUGAAGAAAAUCACUCCCCUUUUUCAGGGCAGUUGAUGAGAAUCAUGGAUUUGUUGGAUUCGAUUCUGGAGACAAAAUCCAAGCUUUACAAGGACAUUGCUUUGAGCUGCAUUUUCAUGAUGAACAAUGGACGUUACAUGUUGCAGAAGAUCAAAGGAUCAAAGGAGAUCCAUCAAACGAUGGGGGAUACCUGGUACCGUAAGAGAUCAUCUGAUCUUAGAAACUACCAUCAGACUUAUAAGAGAGAGACCUGGAUGAAGCUUUUGGGUUGUUUAAACCUUGAGGGACUGAAUGUGAAUGGGAAGGUGGUGAAACCAGUGCUGAAAGAGAGGUUCAAGAGCUUUAAUGCCAUGUUUGAAGAAAUCCACAAGACUCAAAGCUCGUGGGUGGUGUGCGAUAAGCAGCUGCAAUCAGAGCUAAGGGUUUCGGUAUCAGCAAUUGUGAUACCAGCCUAUAGAUCAUUCUUGGGAAGGUUCUCUGGAUACUUGGAUCCUGGAAGACAAACAGAGAAGUACAUAAAGUUCCAGCCUGAGGAUAUAGAGACUUACAUUGAUGAACUGUUUGAUGGAAACCCUGCUUCCAUGGCAAGGAGGAAGACAUAAUUGAGCAAUUGAAAGAAAAGAAAAUCCAGCCCUUAUUGUAUGAAGAAAAACGAACAUUAAGGCGGUGAGGAUUGGGUGGUUUUUUCUCUAGAGGGCAAAGCCGCUUCGGUCGUUUCAAUUCGAUGCGCCAUCAUAGUAAAGAAACAAGCACUUUGAUAAUUAGCAGGUAUAGAAAUAUUUUGCUUUGUUCUUCCAGAAUCUGUGAAGCUGCCGUAUUUAAUUCCAAGGCACGGACCUUUUGAAUUUAUUUUUGUUUUGUUCUUGCAAUUUUUCUCCCCUUAAGUAUUGUAUGAAGAACAUGUGAUUUUGGUCAGUAAUUGGCUAACAAAGUA